GAAAUCUACAGGCCACUGCGGCUCUUAAAUUGCGUGAAUCAAGCCGUAAACAGACUAACAGACAGUCUAGACAACCUUGCUGCAGAGUGCGGCCGGCUAUAUAAUCACAUGUCAUAUCAACAUCCAGUCGACAGGUUCUACAAGUGUUUGUAUUGUUCACAGGUGGAAAAAAUAUUGUAGAGUCUGAAAAUGAAACGUGGAGCGCUAAUUGUUAUCGAGGGUGUCGACAGAACUGGGAAGUCGACACAGGCUAAGACGCUUGUGGAAAAUCUUAAGAAGAAAAACAUCCAGGCAGAAUACACAAAUUUUCCAGCCAGGGACACAGAAGUUGGAAAAAUAAUAAAUAAUUAUUUACAACUGAAGAAUGAGUUAUCAGAUGAAGUAAUUCAUUUGUUGUUCUCGGCUAACCGUUGGGAGAGGGCUAAAAAUAUAAUAAAGACACUUGAGGCUGGUGUCACAGUAAUUGUAGAUAGAUAUUGUUAUUCUGGAGUUGCAUUCUCAGCUGCUAAAGGUUUAGACUUAAACUGGUGCAAGCACCCAGAUGUAGGUCUACCCAAGCCAGAUAAGGUGUUCUUUCUCACGAUGCCUUUAGACUCUAUCAAACAAAGAAAUGGAUUUGGAAACGAGAGGUAUGAAGUACUGAACUUCCAGCGGAAAGUGUCAGAAAUAUAUACAAAGUUAAAAGAGGAUAACUGGCAAGUCGUGGAUGCUAGCAGAUCGAUUGAUACCAUCCAAGAAGAAAUGCUUCAACAGACCCUAAAUGUCGUAGAUCUUGCGUCAGACAAAAAUAUAGAGAAGCUCUGGGUACAAGCGUGAUACAAGCUCAUUUUAUAUGUAUAGAAAUAAAUACGCUUUUUACAGCAGCAUAAUAAUGUGUAGGAAAUGAUGUAAUUUUUUAUUCGACUUGACUUGACGGUUUGACUAGAGUAAGUAAAACAUUUUUUGGACAAACAGACUUCAUGAUAUUAGCUCUAUCUGGUGAGUAAAAAUAGUUGCCCCGUUGUAAUAUCGAAUGUAAUGUAGCAAUAAUAUUUAGAUGAAUUUGCCCCAGUGGUCUCUAAUAUGAUUUUAAGUUUAGAAGUACAAGUUUAAAUAAUGUUUUAAUAAAAUUAGAAUACUAAUAGCUCGAAUAAUAAAACCAUUGAAGAGUUAAACUCGAUAAACGUUAUUUUUGUUCUUAAUCAACUCAAUGUAUUAUUGUGUGCUGUCAUCAAUGCUUUAAAAAAUAAAAGAUUUUUUUUCGUA